AUAUACAUCUCCAGGGUAUCAUCGCAACCAUCUCCCCUAUAAACCCGAUCCCAGUGAUGGCUGGGGGAGAUGCGCUCGUCCUCGGCGAUAAUCGAUAGACGCAUGCAGGUAGCCUUCCUCCCUACACACGCAGCAUCACCACGCAUCCUUACUCCACUGUGCAGUCUCUCUUAUUUUCCUCCCCAUCACCACACAUGAGAAAUCGUUCGUGGGGGCCCUGCCUAUUGAUCUCUAAACAUCUGGAACACCUCAUAUUUGUUUUACAAGGCAGAGGCGGACAGUCUGUGCCCGAAAUAGAGGAGUGAGACAGCAGCAGCAGCACCAGGACGGACCACUUGACACCUUGCUUCACGACAUCGAUAUGCAGUAGUGUGAUACCAGCUCUGCGGAGACGGGAAGGCCAGUCCAUGGCAUCUUGAUAUGAAAACCGUGGGCUCUGCGCAUUCCUCACCGACGGCGUAGUCUAUUUUUCUGCGGAGUCGAAAGGAUUAACUUGGCCAGAUAAAAGCGGCGAGGGGGUGAAAUCUUAACAAUAAUUCAAUUUGGCCAGAUUUUGUUUGGGGGAUUUGUGGGAUAUCAUUGGACCUGCGAUGGACUCCAGCGCGGGGGAAUAUGGCAUGGCUCGUCUUGGAUUGUUUUUGGUUUUGAUGGGGCUGUGGAGAUUUAGCGAUGCUUGCCCCGCAUCCUGCACUUGCAGCAUCUCAAGGAUUGUUUGUAUUGAUUCUGUACCAGGGAUCCAGGAUUUCCCUGUCCUCACGUUAGAUGACAUGGAAAACAUCACCGAGAUAUACAUUGCUAAUCAAAACAGACUGUUUGACAUAGAUGACAACAGUCUGAGGCACUACAUAAACCUCAGAAACCUAACAGUGACGAAUACAAGAUUGACGUCUAUAUCAUCAGAUGCGUUUUACAACAAUACAAGACUUCAAUAUGUAAAUCUCACAGACAAUAACCUAUCAACACUGUCAUGGAGAACAUUUCAGAACUUUAACAAAACAUACUCGCUCCUGCUGUCCGGUAACCCUCUGGAUUGUGUUUGUGAGAACUUAUGGAUCAAAUUUAGGCUAGAAGAAACCGACAGUCAAGAGCUGAAGUGCAUAGACGAGAGAGGAGUGCCAACGGCCUUUGCCACACUCACUCCACCGGACUGUGUGCUUCCCAAAGUAGAGGUCGUCCCAACCACCGUGACGGAGAUGCAGGGGAGUAAUGUCAAAGCUGUGUGCAGCGCCUCAGGCACCCCUCCUCCUGAGAUCCUGUGGAACCUUGAUUGGCUCUCAACCCACCACGAGAUUGAUCCUUCAGAUAUGGAGAGCAGCCUCACCUUGUCAGACCUGUCUCCUGAUGAUAAUGGCAAGGUGAUCAUAUGCAGCGCUGAGAACAUGGUCGGUCAGACCGAGGCCACACUUACGCUCAAUAUUCUCUUUGCCCCCACCAUCCAGCAGCUGCUGGGGCCAGAACGGGACCACCACUGGUGCAUCCCCUUCAGCGUGACGGGGAACCCCAAGCCCGAGCUGCAGUGGUACCAUGAGAACGUGGCUCUCCUGGAGCAGGACUUCAUCCGCACAAUGAUCCACCUGUUCACCGAGAGCGAGUACCACGGCUGCCUGCAGCUGGUCAACCCCACGCACAUUCACAACGGCGUGUACAGGCUGGUGGCAAAGAAUAAGUACGGCCAGGACGAGAAGAAGGUGUCUGCCCAGUUCAUCGACCCGCCUGACAUCGACCAUACAGCUGAGGACCCCAUCUACUACGACACCACUUCAGAAUCUCCGGUCCCUCCGCUGGACGACAGUGUUGCAGUGUAUGUAGUUGUGGGAAUCGCAGGAGUUGCCUUGACUGGCUGCAUUCUGAUGGUGAUCAUUUUGAAAUAUGGAAGAAACUCCAAGUUUGGUCUUAAAGGCUCCUCCUCAGUCAUCAGUAAUGACGAUGACUCCGCCAGCCCUCUUCAUCACGUCUCCAAUGGCAACAACACCCCGUCGUCCUCGGAGAUGGGUCCAGACGCAGUGAUCAUUGGGAUGACAAAGAUUCCUGUCAUUGAGAACCCACAGUACUUCCGUAACUCCGGCAGCAUGCUGAAAUCUGACACGUUUGUCCAGCACAUUAAAAGACACAACAUUGUGCUGAAGCGGGAGCUGGGAGAGGGAGCCUUUGGGAAGGUGUUUCUCGCCGAGUGCUACAACCUGACACCAGACCAGGAGAAGCUCCAUGUGGCAGUCAAGACUCUGAAAGAGGCCAACGAGAGCGGCCGAGCGGACUUCUACAGAGAGGCCGAGCUCCUCACCAACCUGCAACAUGAACACAUCGUCACUUUCUACGGGGUGUGUGUGGAGAGUGACCCGCUCAUCAUGGUGUUUGAAUACAUGAAACAUGGUGACCUAAACAAGUUCCUCAGGUCCCAUGGUCCUGAUGCAGUGCUAAUGGCAGACGGUCAACACAGUAUCCUGGUGGAGCUCACCCAGUCCCAGAUGCUGCACAUUGCCCAACAGAUUGCUGCUGGCAUGGUCUACCUGGCCUCCCAACACUUUGUCCACAGAGACUUAGCAACCAGGAACUGCCUGGUUGGAGAAAACCUGCUGGUCAAGAUAGGAGACUUUGGCAUGUCCAGAGACGUUUACAGCACGGACUACUACAGAGUGGGCGGUCAUACGAUGCUGCCGAUCCGCUGGAUGCCCCCAGAGAGCAUCAUGUACCGGCGGUUCACCACGGAGAGUGAUGUGUGGAGCCUCGGUGUGGUGCUGUGGGAGAUCUUCACCUAUGGCAAGCAGCCCUGGUACCAGCUCUCCAACAAUGAGGUGAUCGAGUGCAUCACUCAGGGCCGCGUGCUGCAGCGGCCCCGGUCCUGUCCUAAAGAGGUGUACGACCUGAUGCUGGGCUGCUGGCAGAGGGAGCCCUACAUGAGGCUGAACAUCAAGGAGAUCCACAGCAUGCUCCAGAGCCUCGCCAAGGCCUCUCCUGUGUAUCUGGACAUACUGGGCUGAUGCACCCGUGUUCUUGUAUGUACUUUUGCGUGCAUGUGUAUGAGCUGGGGCUUCAUAUGGGCACGACAGGUUGUGUGUUUGUUUCCACUUGAUGAGACGGAGAGGAGAGGAGGAAAUGAAGGUUGUGCGACUGUGUGUGUGUGUGUGUGUGUGUGUCUGUCUGUGUACAGUACCUGGCUGUAAAUGUUUCUGUAAAUGCUAUCCAUUUGUGUCCUCAUUACAUCAAGAAAAGCCUUAAAUUUGGAGUGAUUUUGUUUUCGCUUUUCUUUUCUUAUCCAUUUGCAGACGUAACUGAGGCAUGUUUCACAAAUGGAAACCAAAAUGCAUACAGGAUUAUGUAAUUUUAUCCAAACCAUCAACCCUCCCAUAUGUGAAAGGUAUAAAAAAUAAAUGAAACCCGAUAAUUAGAAUCAUUGAUUACUGGGUUACUCUAUCCACAUUCAUCGCAUUAAAUAAUCUCCUGUGUUUCAUAUUUGCUGGGAAUGAAAGGGAAAAUAAUGUGUCUCCAUAAUGGACAGUGUAUGGGCACAACUUUGUAGAUAGAGCUUUCUCUUCUUUCAACAAACAAAGAGCAUAUUCUGCAGGAAGAUAAAAAAAAAAAUACUCAAGUUACAGCUGAAGCUUUUUCUUUUAUAUGUCACAGACUAUUUUAAUAUUUGUAGAAUUUAUAAAUGUUGACUCUGUUUUCAUACCAAGCUGUUGAUUUCAAUCUGUGGUUUUUUGAGUCAUCUACAGAAACUUUUGCUUGUUUGUAUUUUAAACAUAUGUGUAUAAUAUUAUACGCGUAUGUUUAAAAACAGUGAAACCCAUAUAGAUUCUCAUAGAUGCCUGUUGUCUGUUAUAUAUAACCUACUCAAGUCCACUGAAGGACUUCCCAAUGUAAAAAUCAGUGUUGAGGUUGUAAAACACAAGGGCAUACAGCAUUUUACAGCACUUUUGUUUUAAUAAUGCCAUCAUAAUUUGUCAUAUUUUAUGUAAAUAUCUUCACGCAAGAUCAUCUAUAGUUACAGUGGUGUUUUAAACGUUGUUGGAGUGCUCUACUCAUUUCACAACCUUUUCAUUUGAUGUAUCUAAAGCACAGAGAAUGAGGACUCGGCAGUGUUGAGCUCAAAAAAAGAUGAGCACAGUUUUGUUUUGUUUUUUUCAUUCACCAGCAAUGCCAUUUAGCAAAUCUUUGUUGUUCGGUGGCCCAUAUCUGUAAGUGAUGUGGUUUUGUAUGCAUCUUCAGAGACAGUUAAUUUAUUUCUUUUCAAAUGUUGUGGCUGUUGAUGAGAUUGUGUUUAUGGUUUAAUAAGAGAAGAUCAAAUUCAUCUUUUGAGUAAUUUCCAAGACGGAUUGAUGGGGCAUUUUGAUGCAGUUUACUGUGCACUGAUGUAGGUUCAAUAUAAUGAGGAUUAAUUUGUUUUCAGCACUUUGGUCUUUGUAUGUAUUGAAGUUGCUACUUGUUUAUUUGUCAUUUAUUUACAUUACAAGAGUGUACUUUGAAGAUGUAAUCUUUAAUUCUACAUAGAAGGCUAAGAGGCCACAGCAAAAGGAUUAAUUGAGUGUCUGAUUGCCCUUUAAGUGUCCCAGGGGUGCUUUCAUCUCUCUGAGCGGCCCCAGUCAGCCGGGUGGUGAAUGAUACAGCUCCCUCACUUCGGGCAUCACUAAAGCACAUUUGUAUAGCCUGCUUGGAAAAUGGUUUUGAAAUGCAUUCUUGUAGUUCAUUUUCCAAAUGAUCUUCAAUUGUUCUGUUUUGAAAUUUAAAAAAAAGGUUAAAAUAUUAAAGCAAGUGUGGUGUUCCAAGUGUCUAGUACAAACUUCUGUAUUAAUCUUUGCAAAAACAGCAGAAAUCACUCCUUCAUUCUAACCGUCAUGUAUUUCCAUAUGGAGGCAUAAAGCAGUAAGGCUCUUUGCUGAGACAGUAAGUCAUGUUAAGUGCACUUUGUAGCAUUACUUAACCCCCAAAUGCACAACCUGAGCGGCUGACCACUCUCCGCCUCGACCUCAACUGCACUUAAUAACAACAACAAAACAUUUCACCCUUGCUGUGCCGGCCAUGAAUGACGCAAGUCCUAACUCUGAUACAUUGUCCUUGAUGAAAAUGAUUCAGUGUCCCUCUAUGUUUUUAUUACAGCGUUUGUCAGUUCUGUAUAAUAGUCAUGUGUCUGCUGUACAUUAAUUGCUGUCCAUUCUGUACAGUUCUGAUAUUUGUCUAUAUCAAUAGUAGGCUAUGUUUAAUAGUAUAAUCUGUUUUGAGAAGGUACCAUGUCAAAAACUGUGUGACAUCUAUUGAAGACAACGUGUUAUGGGCCACUGGCAAUACAUACUAUAUGUAAAUAUGGUUUUAUUUGUGCUAAAUUGUAUAAUUUUUUGUGCUUGUUCAUAAUACCAGUGAGAAUACAAUCCUUUUUUGGCAACUUUUGAUCUGCAGAGGACUUUAUUUGAACAAUGUGUUUUUUUCUCUGAGGAAAAGAAGAAAAGAAAAAUGAUCUCCUCUUUCCUCUCCACUGUGAUGGGGAGCUUACACAGAGGCUGUUUGAGAUGCUGUCUGUCUGUAGGAGGACCAUAGACUCUGGAUCUGAUUAAACGUCAGGAUCUCUAGCAGACAGGCGUCCCAGCAGAUGUGUGGCCGAUGGCGAGGAGGUCAAAGGUUGCCUCCUGGCCAACCCCACCACUCAACCUCUUACUGACUGUAGCCUAUUUUGAUCCUCUUUCAGAUGAAUAACUGUGACUUUGCAUCAUGAAUAGUAUAUUAUUUUGAAUGUAAUCUAGAAGGGUCGGGACCUUUUUUGAAUGUAAUCUAUCUUGAGGGUGGGGUGGGGUGGGGGGGAGCGUUGAUUAUUUUUUUGUAAAUAUAUGGUAAAUGAAAAAAAGACUACAGUUUUCAUUCCUGUGCAGAUAACAAAUUUUACUUACUGUGUGAAUACAAAGAGAGAGUGUAUGUUGUAUGUGUUUGUGACUAAUGUCUCGAGAUGGUGUGUGUGUGUGUGUGUGUGUGUGUGUGUGUGUGUGUGUGUGUGUGAGUGUGUGUGUGUGUGUGUGUGUGUGUGUGUGUGUGUGUGUGUGUGUGUGUGCUCUCCUGGCAGACUGCUUUAAUCAGCCAGUUCUAUCAAUCAAUUCAAUGCUUUGUGCAUCAUGUGAGUAGCUUAUCCACAAUUAAUGGAAAUGUUCCUUGUGAUACUGUGCAUUUAAUAAAGGUGGUAUGUCUUACAAUA